CUCGAGGUGAAAUCGCGACAGCACACAUCGAAAUCAAUUGGCGCGCGUACUUCACCAGCGCAUCGACUAGACAAGGUCUCUUUCGUUCAAGUAUGACAGGAAGCGUAACUCAGCCUCGGGCCACAGACGCAUCGGCGGCAUCCAUCCGCCCGCUUGCACGAUUCCUGCACACAGAAUGCACCGACGAGCUGUUUUGCCCGCAAUACAUUCGGAACAACAAAGCCACCGGACACAAGGCAACCAACUCGCACCCGAUGCAUAGGUUUCCGCGUGCUUGUUGACUGACGGCUGUGUUGAUAGAACUUGCGGUGUUUUCCCCAUUGCUGCCAAGGACACAAGUCGAGGUCGUACUGCGGGUCGUCGUUGAUGGUGGCUUGUGUAGACGCGUCGUGUGAAUACGUGUUUGGUCGCUUCGAAUUGGAACACCAUCCUGCCCAGUCAUCCGAGGACACGGGCAGCCCCGCUGCCGUGCUGGAUGGCAUCGACGUGGGCGACAUUCGGCGUCUACGCGACUUUCGCGCAGUGAUCAAGACCAAAACCAACCCGUUGGCGUCGUGGAUGCAAGGCACCGAGCUGGCCAAGGCGGCCACGGGCGGCCAAUCAUCCGACGACAAGGUGUUUGAGCUCAACGAGAACCGCAUCUCGUGGCAUUAUGGCUACGUUUCCAACCGAUUUUCCACCGACGCGACCCACGUGUUCCAAGUGUACUGCUUCAAGCGCUGCUCACUCGAAAACGACGACCUCCAGUGCCUAGCCCGCGUCGCGUCCAUGCCUUUUCGUCUCGUGUCAAGCCGACAAAUUCGGAAGGAGGCGCAAACGUCGACCCCAGCCAUCUUGUCGCUGGUGGACCUGGACAAAAUUCCCGACGACCGGUUCUCGUACAUGCAACGCGCCACGAAUCUGUCGACGUUGCAAACCGUGCUCGCAAAAAUUGGCGAAUUUGAACGAACCCCACACGGCAUCAGCGUCUCCACACUUACCUUUCAGCGCCAUCCAUCCCAGAACGACUUUGCGCCGUUUCAAUCGCUCUUGUCGGAUGACUGUGACGUCGACGGGGCUGUGACGGCCGUGUCGGUUCUCGUGAGUUUGGUGGAUCGUGUCAUGCAGAGCGAAUUUGUUGUGAAAAUCCAAAGCAUUCUCACGGCGCUAUCGUCGUGUGUCGCCAACGCUUCCAAGCUCAACCAAGCUUAUGGCGGGUUUAUUGAAAUGCUCGAGUCGCAGGUCCAUACCUUCGUGGACAAGUCGCUUCUGGGAUUGACGGGUGAGUUGACUCUGACCCCACUGGCACUGGUGGAGCACGUUGUGCAGUUUCUGAAAGCGCGGUUGCCAGCGCCAUGCUUUGUCAGCAGCGAAGAAAUGGAGAACGGCGCCGCGGUGGCCUUGACUGGUCUCACUGGACUCGCUCUGCCUAAUGGACAAACGUUGCAUAGCAUGCACGAAGAACCACCGUACUUUAUCGCGCUGGUGGCGCAAUUGCGUCUCAAGUUCCAGCAGUCACUGCUUCAGCGAUCCCCCCUUCCAGCGGCCGUGCAUCAGGGCGGGAAGUACCAACAUGGAAAAUGGCGUCGGGUCGACUCGCAACGUCCAGAGAUUCCCAUGUUUGUGCUUCGGGAAUACGCGUUCUUCGUUUCACAGAGGAUCGAGAUUCUGUCGAGCGACACCGAAAUCCAGAUAUAUUUGCCGGAUAGCUUCAUCCCGGUCUGGACAACGUUUGAGUUGUCAAGGAAACCCACGCGCCCGUCCCCGGGUCACAUGGGGAUAUCUUCCCAUGUGGGCAUGAAUGGACGAACCAUCACAGCGUACAUCGCGUGGCGCGAAGGCAGUCGAGUCUCCGUGCAAAGCUACCUUUGGCCCAUGCGACCGUCGCUAACGCGAAUUCGGUUCACGCGCCAUAUUCAGAUGGACACUAGUCGGCCAGGCUCGACAGAUCGCCUGAUGAUCGUCAACGAGAUGGAACAAGCGAACCACGACCCGAUCGUUCCCCCCGUUGACGCCGAUAUUCAUGCCCAACUGAGCUACCCCGCAACGUACUUUCCCAUGCGAACAUACACCGAGUACUACGAGAAAGACGUGACGAAGAAGAGAAAGUUGGUGCUAUAGAACGACGUACCUGCCUCGACUUUUCAUAUCGUUUGUGAUUCGCUGCCGUAAAGAACCUCAUCCUUCACCUCUUAUCUAGAGAUCAUGGACGUACAGGGUCUAGAAGGGAACGGUGAUGUAGCACG